AUGGACUUUCCCGGAGUGGCUUUCAUCACCGGUGCCGCGUCUGGCAUCGGCAGGGCGACGAGUCUGCUGUUUGCGGCCGAGGGAUGCCAGAGAAUCGUGAUCAGCGACAUCAACGAGGCUGGGCUGGAAGAGACCAAGGCUCUCAUCGCCGAGUCGCACGGCGGUGCUGGGGCUGGUGCCGGUCCCGAUGUGCUGGCGGUGCCGGUCGACCUGCGAAGCGAAAGCUCGGUCGACAGCCUGGUGGAAAAGGCGGUCGCGAGAUUCGGCCGGCUCGACUACUGCUGCAACGUCGCUGGCAUCGUGCUGGGCGGCGGCACGGCCGAGGUCCAGACAUCCGAUUUUGAACUGCAAUACGAAGUCAACCUGCGCGGCGUCUUCUUCUGCGAACGCGCCGAGCUGCGCGUCCUGCGCCAGCAGGAGCCUCUGGCCUCGAAGGAUUCCAAAUACCCCAUCCGCGGCGCCAUCGUCAACGUCUCGUCGCUGGCGGGCCAGAUGGCGUAUGCGGAUCUGCCGGCCUACUCGGCCUUCAAGCAUGGCGUGUGUGGCCUGUCCAAGUCCGAUGCGAUGAAGUAUGGUCCCGAGGGAAUCCGCAUCAACACCGUUUGUCCAGGAGCCGUGACGACCCCCAUCACCAAGAAUCUGCCGCCCCAAAAGCCGGAAGAGCUGGAGGCCUUGUUGAAGAUCAUCGCCCUGGGCAGAUAUGCCGAUCCCGAGGAGCUGGCACAGGCCAUUGUUUGGCUUUCCAGCGGCCGCGCCUCCUACAUCAACGGCACCACGCUGUCGGUGAAUGGAGGACGACAAGGCUUUUGA